GCUCACGCACAAACAUUUCUCUGCUCGCACAAACACGCACACACGACCAUCGGCGCUCCGACGACUGCGACGGCAGAGAGAGCGCGCUGCGCGGUGCGGUUGAGCGGCCGUGUUUGUGAAUCUUCGCUGUCGGCUUCGGUCACUCCCCAUAUGUUCUAGCGUUACGCCGGGACGUCGCCGUGUGUCUCGCAGUCAGCCGGUAGGUAAACCGCCCGCUGACAACCGCGACUCCCUUUGAAAGGAAACCCCGGAAGAGAGAAAAGGCAAAAAAAAGUCGAGAGGUUCGCCCGGCGGGCUUGGCUGGCUGCUUCGAGCUCGAGGCGAGAGAGAGCGUGCGAGCGAGCGAGCGAGCUCGGAGAGUUUUCGAGAGGCGCACAGCAGGGAAUGCAUUGUCGCGAACCCGCACUGCUGUCGAUGCGUCGUGCUCAGCCCACAGGCCAGCCUGACAGGUUCGCAAAGCGCGUUGUGCUUCACCGAAAGCUGCUGCUGCCGCUCUAUGACUUCGACGGGAGACUGCUAAAGCUCGACGAGACCGCCUGGCAGGCCGUUCGAGAACCCCUGGUGUGCCCUCCCCUCCUCUGGCCCAGCGCAGCAGACGAUGUUUCAGAUGUCCGCGUCAACGCCCCUGCCGUCGUCGUAGUUGAGAUCUGAGCAGGUACCGUGCCCGGAGGAGCGAAGUGCCAACACUAGCGAGCUCUGGAGGAGCGGCCGCAGCGGAGACGAUGGCGGAAGAGCAUGCAGAUCUGGAAUUGCGCCCGCUGGGCAUCGAGGACAUCCAGAGCAACCCCAACGCUCUGCGCGAAUGUGAUGACGGCGGGCGUGGCGAGGCCGAUGGACCGGGUGCUUCAUCGGCAAUUUUCUCGGUGGCCAUGGGUCUCAAGCGUAAGAAGGUCGUCAGUGACCCUGUCCGCAGCCCUCGCAAGAAGCUUGAAGAGGUUCCGCGGCCAUUGAGCCCAUCGCAGCUGGCAGCCCUGAAGUGGAAGCGUGCGGCCCGGCAAGUUCUGCACAUGGAGGACCCCUGGGCCAUGUUCCACCUGGAGCGGUUCAAGGCGGAGCGCGUGCGCCGCUACCGCUACAACGCCCUCAACAAGGCCUGGCUCGAGGACGAGGCUCUGGUCAAGAUGGCGCCCGAUCCCUUUGGACGUGGAGCCAUGCGAGAAUGCUUCAGAAUGAAGAAGUUGUCCAGCUUUGCGCCAGCCCAGAACUGGGCACAUGCAUUCAACUACGUAGCCAAGCGGUACCUGGAACCCGUGGACCGCAGCACCUACUUUGACGAUGUCCGGCUGCAGAUGGAUGCCAAGCUCUGGGCCGAAGAGUUCAACCGCCACAAUCCACCCAAGAAGGUGGACAUAUUCCAGGUGUCGAUCAUUGAGUUCGUGGAGCGGCCAGGCAGUCCACUGUAUCACAUGGAGCACUUCAUUGAAGGAAGUUACAUCAAGUACAACUCCAACUCCGGCUUCAUCAGUUCCCAGGCCACGCGGCUCACUCCACAGGCGUUCAGCCACUUCACAUUCGAGCGUUCGGGUCACGAGCUGCUCGUGGUGGACAUCCAGGGAGUGGGCGACCUCUACACGGAUCCGCAGAUCCACACUGCACACGGCUCCGAGUACGGCGACGGCAACCUCGGCGUGCGUGGGAUGGCACUGUUCUUCAGGUCGCACGUCUGCAACUGCGUCUGCUCGGGUCUUGGCCUCACCCCGUUUGAUCUCGCGCCCAGCGAAAAGUUGGUCGGCACACCAGCCUCUGCCCUUGCCCAAGGGGCCAAGACGCGGCUGCGCGGACGCGAAGAGCUGUGCGUGGGCAUGUCGGAGUACGAGCGGCACCAUCUGGCAGAGGCCUUUGGUCCCCCGAGGCAGCGAAUCCGCACCUACAGCAGCCCCUGCGAUUCGUCGCGCGAGAUGUUCCACCGAGAGAAUGACGCCAUCCCGAUGCUGCAGCAGCAAGACAGUGGCUUUCGCAGCCUUAGCAGUGGCAGUGAGGACACCAUGGAGGACUACUCGCAUGACCUGGAACUUGGCAGUGACUCCGAGGACACCGAGACUCUGCAGCACCAGAUAACCAACGGGCAUCAGUAUGCCAACGGCCAGCACACGAACGGCGACCGGGCGAGCGCUGUGCCCGCCCGCCUAAGGCGGCGCCAGCGCUAUGACUCUGAGAGCAGCACCAUCGGAGACGAGCACGAGCGCGCCGAGUUCCAACGACUGGUGGCACAGCGCGCACGUCCAUCGUCGGUGCUGGACGAGGUGCAGCUGCGGCAGCUGGUGCGGCAGCAGCAGGGACGGCCCCUGGACGAAUCGCAGCGCUCGGUGCUCGGGCAGAUCCACCUGGAGAUGGCCAAGUGCCACGAAAACGGCCGCUUCGGGGACACCACCCACCCGGAGGGCAAGUACGACCAGGACGCGGCUGUGUUCCAUUUGGAGCAGGCGGCUCGUUGCGGUGCAUUGGAGGCUUUGCUAGUGCUGGCCAAGGUUUACCUGGGGCUGCCCCAUGACCUCCUCGAGGACUGGACGCUGCCGGAAUCUGAGGAGAACACAUCAAAGGGAGUGGAGUACCUGGAACAGGCGGCGAGGGCCGGAGACAGGAGUUCCAUGAUCGCCCUGGCCAAGGCACUGGACACGGGCGAGGGACUCGGCACUCGGAGGCAACGCAACUGGCAGGAUGCCGUGCUGUGGUACAACAUGGCGGUGACCACGACCGACAAUGACGAGGGUGGCGAGUACGAUGGCUGCAUGGACGACCCCCCGUACCUGUUGCUGGCAAGGCAGGCUGAGCUUUACCUGCAGGGAGGCUACAGCCUGGACAGGGACCCAGCGAUGGCUGGGGAGCUGUACCAAGAAGCGGCAGCUGCUGCCACGGCUGCCAUGAAGGGGCGCCUUGCCAACAAGUACUUCCAGCUGGCCGAAGAAGCCCAGCAGGAGGCGUGCUAAGAAGCUAGUCUCUCGUGACCAAACUAGUAGCACUCUAGCACGUCUCAUACGACCUGUCACAUUAUGCGUCUCAUUCAAAAUUUUCACCCGGUGUGCCCCGUGCCACUGUUUUCAAAUUCUCAAGUCCCAUUUUGUUGGUUCUGUUGUUACCUGCCUACUUUUUUUGUUCAUGUGCUAAAUGUGCACCGGUGUCGAUGCUUUAGUCCUUUGUUCCAACGUGUUGAUUCUGAAGGAAUGCGAUGCGAUGAUCCUCGUUGCUGCUUCUGCUGUUGCUCUCUUGUUCUUGCCUUUUUUCUUUUUUUUCCGGAAAGGCACCAGUGCUGUGUUCUUCGUUUCCGAGACUUCAAACUUGUCACCACAGAGCAAGUAGAUAUGAUUUUGACUUGCAAGGAAAGCCUGGGUGUGUUGUGGUUUACCGGUGAAAAAGCCGCGUUGGCAGGAACUGACAUUUUUCUGCCUAUCCCUGCUCUGUUGCAUGUCUCUAUGGUAGUGCAUUUUUUCGCAAGUGCACAAUGCAUGUUAACAAGAGAAACAGUGGAUUUGUUCAUGUUUCACCUCGUUGCUCUCUACUUUCUAAUAACCCCUCGUUUUUUUGUCGGCGACUGAUUCUGCCACUGUUUUGUUCAGAAGGCCUUUCCCGAGGAAAUUUUUUGGCCUUGUCUAUGGUUUGUUAAGAUUUGUUUAUGGGUGAGGGGGGAUGGGCUGUACACGCAAUUGCCUGUAACAUUUUGUAUUUUUGCAUGUACAACGUGCUAAGAUGCACCGCUAGCCAUUUGCCUCAGUCAAGCACAGCAUCUGGCAGCCCUGUGAUCAGUUGAGAGCUGGUAAAGUCUAGCCCCAACCACUAAUCCUGCAUGCAAGCUGUUCAGUUUCACAUUGAUAUACGGGGGUCGCUAACAUGUCUUCAUCUUGCUGUGAGCUUCAAGUGUUUAUUUGUUUGAAGGCGACCUGGAAGCCUUUCUUUGUUUGUUUGUGUGUGUGUACAAAGCAAGAAGAAAUGCAAGUUUAAGAUCUCUUCCUGGUGCUGUGUCAUAGGCUGAGGGCAACAUGCAGCCUAAAAUGGUUGGAUGAGUCUGGUGUGGUAGUUAACUAUAACAGAGAGAGGGUGGUGUGCUUGCAAACUAUUAACCUACCGGUGAAUGUUGUUGAGUCACGUAUAGUAUAGUUUUUUGAGAAACGCACAGUCCACACACUGUAGAGAGAUAACGUUAGUAGACUCCUUCUGAAGCGAACGUUAAGGGGAUCCUAGUAGCCAAGCUAUUGUCCAACGAGAAGCGCAUUGAAUAACUACAUGAACUGAACGAAGGUCUCCAAGCUGUUCAGCUGUUUUAGAGAGUUAAGCUUAAAAGCAGAGUCUACAGUAGUUGUGAUGACUGUUAUGUGAUACAGAUCUAAUAGUCAUCACUGCAGAUUAAACAGUCCUUGCAUUUUGUUAGUUUAGGUUGUGCGCUUGUGCUUCGUCGUGUCGGUGCUAGUUCUUAGACAUUGUUUUGUACCGAAGGCACACUUGUACACUGGGCACGCUUGAGCAUUGCCUUUGUUUUCAAAGCGCGGCUGUCUAAGGGAUCAUUUAGCCUGUGUGGCUGUGUAAUGUUUAAGUCGCGGUGCAUUAAAUCGCUUUGCAAUAAAAAAUGUGAAGAAGCAGCUAGUGAAAGCGUCACAGUUAGUCGGCGUUCGCUCCGUCUCUCCAUCGCAUGUUUGGACGGCGAGCUCGAAAUUUCAGAUUCUUUCACAGGUGGCAAAUCACACCGAACCUGACAAGUGAGGCAACGCAGACGGUGCCUGCUCUUUACCUUUGGCGCCGGCUACGCGCGGAGCAUUGAUCGAGUCACAUGAUGCAGUGGUCCUUCCAGUCUGAUUGGCCUUACGACGACUCAACUGACGUAAAGUUGGUUUAGCCUUUCUUGUAUUUAAAAAAUUGGAAAGAUAAACUUUCGGUGCAAUAAAUUAAACAUUGCUACAAAACACAUAUGUUCACUAUUAAACUGAGAACCUCACUGGCAUUCAGUACAACAGAACGUCACUAAUUCAUUAGUUUCAAAGGGGAAAAACAAGAACAAAACUAAUCUAUUAGAUAUAAAAUUCCACUGAUCAAAAAAAAACUCUCCAGACCUUAAGUACCGAGCACUAACCUGUGAUCAGUGCUGGCAGAGUAAUUUGGUGUUACCUUUAAUAAGAGUAGACCAUACUGUAUAUCUUGAUUUCGAUGUACUGAAGUUUAUGAUAGCUUGCAACAUUCUUGUUAUUAAUGCUAGGAGACUCCUUAGCAUAUGCAGCACUCUAUUUUCUUGCCCAAAAUUUGUAAGCAUUAUAUUUUGUGAAACAUUUUCUGAUAUUCGACUUUUACAGCGAAGCUGUCGAUGGCUAGGAUACAGGAUUUUAUGGCGUCCGCACGGAAAAACUCUCCUCUAAAAAGUGAAAGAGCCAACAACAAAAGCAAACGCAUAUCGCCGCUCGCGUCGGAGCUCGGUUUAACGGCCGCCUGUGUCUAAAACGAUGUGUCUUUGUGAAUGUAUGACGUAGUGCGUGACGUAGCGUGCGCCUGAUGAGGAGACCAAGGGAAAAGGGUUGGCGCCCCUGCGCAACCGCGCUCAUGCCACUGUUUAUGCGAUUGUCGUCUUCUUCCACAGCUGGCUCCGUUGCGACUCGUCAUUCCAGCGUAGAAUUUCAAUUCUCGUCUGUCGUCGUAAUGGGGAGGCCGCGUUUAUGGGGGUAUGAGCCAUUGCUUAAGGGGUAUGUCCGUCUUACAUGACGGACAGAGGUGAUACACGAAUAUGUGUGCAUACUUAUCGUCACGAUGACCACCACCGAUCAGGACAAUAAAUGUGUUUGUACUUUUGUUCAAAAUUCUAUGUCACCUCUGUGUCGUGCACUAAACAGCUUCGCUGGCCAUCCACAGAGUGGAAUGGCUCAUGAAUUUUUUUCUGAUAUUCAGUUCGGUAUUCACACAUCCAUAGUUUUAUUUUGUAGACACCGUUGUGAUGCAAGUGUUACGUGACUAAAAGGAACAAGGCUGCUAUGUUUUUUCAUUCUUUCUGCACAUCAGUUGUAAUGAAUGCAUGCUGAAAUCAAGAUGUACACCCCACGCUUGCGUUUGACCAAUGAAAUGCAGUGAAAUAAUUAGAUGUUGCGUAGCUAUCCUGGAAGAAAAAGUUUUUUGCCGAUGCUGUCACCUGGUAAUUUUUUUUUUCUCUCAAGACGGUAUAUUCUCUAACAUAUAAUUACACUAUGAUAGCAUUGGUUAAUGCGAGAACUACAUGGUGUCAAAAAGUGCUGGUGCUGUAUUUUGCAACAAUUCUUUUUGUCCCUUUGUCAUCUGCCCGGAUGAUGCCAAGCCUCCAUUGUCACAGGUGUCAACCAAUCAGUGUUCUUACAAAGAAUUCUUGCAAAAUACACACUCUGGACAUACUAGCAACAUUAACAGUCUGUCAGAGACUGUUGGAGCAUGCAUGUCAUAAAGUUCCGAAUCAACCUGGAUCACGUGGCAAUGUAAUCCCUGCGCGAAUCGUGACAGUAUAAAUUGCUACAUUUGUGCUUCAAGGUGAACCAAUCAAAUCAGUUUAUUGAUUUAUUGUUUUAUUAUUAUUGAGUUUAUUGACUGAACCAAUCCAGUGUUCGUGAUGCUCAAAUGUGUCCAGCAAACUAUAGAGAACAAAAAGGUGUGUUUUUGUUUUUAAUGACUUCUUUUUUUUGCAGCAACAUGAAGGCACAUAUAGAAGUGCCACAUAUAAAAUGCAGACGCCAAAUGGUUACUGAUAUUGCUGCAAAACAUCAUUGCAUUGCCGCUACUGCAAAGGCUGUUUGCAGUUCAUAGUGGCCAUGGUUGUAGCCACCUGAAUCGUUGAGCGAGCACUUGCAUCACGCUCAUAUUUCAGAAAUCUUAAGUCUGCCAGAGAAAAGAAAACAUACUGCUGCAUGCCGCAUAAUCGUGCAAGUUGUCAUGCAGAGUUAGCAGAAGUGUCGCAACACACAGUACAGCUUCCAGUUGGAUCGGUGCGUCAAUAUUGGAACAAGAGCUGUCUUCCACAAAUAGAGGUGAUCCCAAAUAGCCACUGCAAACUACGAACCUUCUCUGAAUCGACCAGGGGAAAGAAUUGUUCUCCGCAGAGCAGCAGUAGCAACGACAGAAGCCCAUUCCAUAUUCAGUGGCUCUGUUUCAAGAUUUAUUUCUAAAGAAAUGAAACCUCGGAAGCUUUCAGCAGCAUGUCUGCCUUGCACCAUAAAAAUGUUUCGUGUUCAUUAUCUUGGCAUUCUGCUCCGAAACUACAAGCACGGCAAGAUUGGUCUAUCUUGCCACACCACCAAGACUGGUCUAUAGAAGCAAAAAAAAAAAACAUUUUUUUGUUCACCACUGCAUAUAUGUGCCAUCGGUGGUAAUUAGAGGUGCUCAGUGUGUUUUAUGUGCUCUUUUUUUGUAAACUCUUUGCAAUGUGUACCUCGUUUCCAAACUGUUGCAAUAUAUGCUGUUAUGCCACCUCAUAGAUUCUAGUAGUUUGUUAGAGGAUGAGUCUGGACAUUUUUGCGAUUACAGCUGUAUUUUUGUUUGCACCUCUGGUAGGGGUUCAGGCCCAGAUUGUGUCCGCUUUUUCUGAGCUUUACUGGCAAGCCGGCUGGGCGUGAAGUUGGGACUGCACUGUCCUCGAGAGUUGCUCAGCCGAGAAAUGCUUGCCGUUUUGUUGAGAUUGUUGCACUGCUGUUAAACCUUUCCCACUUUAUGCACAUACUGUUUCUCCAUGUGUGUGAUACAACGUGCCAGAAUAAAAUAUGUUGCCAUCCGA